UCCACUAUGAAAUGUUAAGGUAUCCAUGUUUCAAUAGUCGUUUAAAUAUAAAUUCGUUCGAAAAAAUCUUACGGCUGGAGUUAAAUGGCAGGUUGAAAAAUGAGACAAGAAGAAAAAUAUAUACUGAUUUGUCUUACUUGGUUGCACGCUGUUGUAUUUGAGGUAUCAACUGUAGCAGCUAUCACAAUAGACAGUGUUGGUAGUUUGGGAGAUAUCAAGACGGUCCAGUGUGAUUCUAAGGUCACGUUUAUCUGUUCAAUCCCAAGAUAUUACUCAAUGACCUGGUCAAUUGACUCUGAUAUACAGGCCGAAUAUAUAACAACCGUCAAGUUUGAUCAAUACCCACCGUUCAGAAUUGACAAUAUUGAAUUUUCCUCCGACACCACUAGAGGAGUAUUCAACAUGACAAUAAAUCCUGUAACGUUUAAAGCCAAUGGACAUGAAAUAAAAUGUGAGGAUGGUUCGAAUGCUGUACAAGUUCAACUAGAAGUAAAAGUUCUCCCGAAACAAGACUCUGUAACAAUUUCCGAAUCAAAAGAUGACAGCCAGAAGAUGAUCACGAUAACUGCGGUGUCAGGAUGUGUCUUUCCAAGUUCAGCAAUAACAAUGCAGUGGUAUUAUUACGAGGCAGGUCAAACACCUGAACUGUACAAGAUGGGUUCACCAACUGAUGCUGAAGAUUCAACUGUAUGCACACCUGAAACUUGCGGCGGAGAUGGAGUACUUCAGAUGUCAAGUACACUUUCUAUACCGGAGGUACAGACUGGCAAGGAAUAUUAUUUUCAAAUUGCAAUUAAACACGAAGAUGCUGAAGACAGUGUUAUUGUUGACUCUACAGAAACGUACAGAAUAGAACUUACACGCCCUGCUGGUGAAAAAGAGGAAAGUAAACCUAACGUUGGUCUCAUUGUAGGUCUGUGUGUUGGUCUCCUUGUACCAAUUCUGUUGCUUGUUGGCGCUUAUUGGUUAUUCAAAUAUUGUCGAAAUUCAGCUUAAAAUACUAAUAGUAUUUAUUAUUUCCUCUAAAUACAUGUGCAAGUAAAUCGUUGCUGUAUGAAAUAGACACGUCUAUUACACAUCAAAAGGUAUCUGAAUACGCAUUUAUAUAACUUUUACGAGUCGGACGGCGAGAUUAUUUUUACACAGACCUAAUGCACAAAAAAUGGCAAGGUUCAAUUAUAUUACAGAUAACAACAGCUUGACAAUAUACCCAUUACUGAUUUUCUUCAACUAAUGUGCAAACAAGCAUACAAUUAAAUGUACACUUUAUUCAGGUAUGUUUGUGUCUACUUGAGUUGUAAAAUUGUGAUUUCAUAAUAUACAAUUCUAAUUACAUGCAUGUAAUACACAAUAUGGCUUUGACGUAUUCACAAAGAGCCUAGUUUAACAACUAAUUGAAUAAUAUUAACUUAAAACGUUUUAGAUUCGUGCACAAAAGACUAUGACCGCGGUAGGUGAUGCACAGGACUGUGGAUCGAGGGGCCGCGACUUCCAUCCCUGAAUUUCCCGUUUAUGACAAUUUCAUUGCAGAAAGCUUUGAAAAUCAACUGUUGAUUCAUAAAUCAAUUUUGGAUUCGUGAAAAAGAAUCAACGUUAAUUCCAUCAGGAUAACGUCAAUAAACUGGUUUUAAUUAUAAAUAAUACUUUGGCAUUUUGAUCCAAGCGUCGCAGAAUGAUUUAACACAGUCGCGCUUCCUUUUAAUAACAAGUAGAUGGACUUAUAUUUACUUUUGUGUAUAGUCUAUAAAAAAAUUAGUUAAACACCUUACGUAGAUUAUGAUUGUAUAUUCGUAGUUGUUAUGACCUUUUAUGUGAUGUUGUUUAAUUUCCGUUCGCUAUGUAGGCUUGUACUUUACUGCUUCAUGAUGUUUUGGAUGCAAUGACAAUGCCAUGCAAAUUAACGUUAAUAUUAAUGUUUGGUGGGCGCUGUUGUAAUGGUAUAGAUGCUUUUUGUAACUCUUGGUAAUUCUAUAUAAAUGCAUUAGAUUUUGGUUGGAUCUAUAGUCAUAUCUAUGCAAUGGCGAAUUUUCCAGCUUAUAAUGGUGGAGGAAUACCCGGGUGCCCCUUCGGGCGUUGUUUCAGGGUACAAGAGGACAUCCUAUUAAAAUUACAGAUCUGUCUUUGGCGAACUGGACAGCAUCCCCAUAUAAACUAUUGUAUACCAAAUAUUUUCGGACACACAGAAGUGAGGAGCGACAUUUACAACUCUGUCACGGAGGCUCCAACAGCCAAUGUCUCAGACAUUCAAUGAAUUUAUAUGUCUGUCUGUUACUGAUUAUUGAAUAUAAUUAUAUGUUUAUAAAAGACAAAGUAGUAAACUCUAGUAUCUAUUUGAAGGAAGUAGGUGGAGACCAGAACUUGAGACAGCGGGAUGAAUUAAUAGAUAAUAAAUUACAGAUGUACAUGUACAAAGUGAAUGAACUGUGAAUCAGUGUUUUAAUAUAUAUCUCAUUCAUUAAUUGUAUGAAUUAGAAAAUUAAUAACAUUGAAACUGAAUUUAAAAUAUAUAGAUUUCAUAAAUGCAUAUAAUAU